AUGGAUGUGGUGGAAGGCGAGUCAAGUAUCGCCGAUAUGAUUCGAGAUACAGCGAAUCAAGUGUUGCACUCCCGCGUACCUGAGGGAUUUCAAUGGAUUGAAGCGUAUGGGCAGUACUAUUCGCCAAGCUGUGGAUUUUUCUACGAUCCGAAUACUGGUCUGUUCUACCACCAUGAUUCUGAAACCUAUUAUGUAUUUAAUGAUGAAACUCAGCAAUAUGAAGUGUACAAAUGUAUGCGUAAAACACAUUGGGUGUCAAAAUCGAAUAAAAGGAAAGCCAGAGAAAUGUUUCCUGGUGCGCUGGAUCGAUUUGAUCAGGAUGCUGUUGAUGUCUAAAUGUUUCCUGGUGCGCUGGAUCGAUUUGAUCAGGAUGCUGUUGAUGUUUGUGAGGUGGUGUUCGAUCUGACAGCGAAGCUUAGCCUAGAAGAUAGGAACGAGUUAGAUGAUGGUGGGUCGGCAAGCGAGUCGCAAGGAUCACCUAUGAUCACACAUGAAGAAGCAGUCCCUUCUAGAGAGUACUUUGAUGAAGCUACGGGAGAGAUGAUUACAGUACCCGAAAGGAUAAUUCGGAAAGAACCUACGAAUAGUAAGGAAAGGCGAAAGGAGCGGAGAAGAAGAGCUAGGGAAGCGCUGAAGAAUGGUUUAUCUCCAGAUGCUUAUGGCGAUGAAUCCAGUGAGGAGGAGGAAGAUGAAAGGAUCCAGAUGAGGAAGGAAGAAGGGUUCUCUCAACCGCCUUUGCUUCGAAUUAUUGACUCAAAAAACAAUCUCCAUGUGAUUACUAUCUGUGGGGGGACAGUAGGAAGACAAUCAGGCAGCGAUAUCAUUGUCGAUGAUCCAACAAUAUCGCGGAAGUUGCUCGAGUUUGUUUUUGUUCCCGAGAGCAAUUCGUUUGUUGUGAAUAAAGUCACGGAGAAGGGACAUGUCGCUUUGAACGACUACGAACUCAAGCCAAAUGAUGAGCGAGAACUCGAACAUGGCGAUUUUCUGCGUUUCGGAUCUGAGUUUUUGCGAGUACACGUGCAUUUUGGUAACAAUACUUGUACUGGAUGCGAGCCAGGCCUUCUCCAGUCUAAUCCUACUUCGGUAUCUCAAAGUCUUGUCGUUCCACAUGGUGAAACUGCUAGGCGUCGGAAUCUCAAAGCCAUUAAGGCUAUGUACGGGAUAAAUGACUAUGCAGAAAAUGCUCGAAAUCCUCGUUAUGGUGUUGAUCGCGCUGCGAAAAGACGAAAACUAGUUGGCUCAGAGCUGGAUGUUAAACAACAAGGCUCCAAAAAUGGUGGUAGUGAUGACAUCUAUUCUGGAUGCGCUGCAAAGCCUAUACCUGGUGUUGUAAUUCCGUCGAAGGCUGAUCCGGUGAAACCACUGAAUGAAACAAACAAGGGCUUCCGUUUGCUUCAAAGUAUGGGUUGGAAAGAAGGAGAAGGGCUUGGAAAAGAGGGACGAGGUCGACAAGAUCCGGUUGAAUCUGCUCUACGUAAAGAUCGCCAAGGACUAGGUGUCACUGAAGCGAAGCCUCAGCCAAAAACACGGAAAGAUCUAAUUCUAGAGAAAACAAGAGAACGAUAUGAACAGAGCUUCCAAGAGAAGGAGAUUGCAAUUCCGUGUUUUAUCUCCAUGUAG